AGUUGUCUACUGGCUAUCAUCAAAGGAUAUUACAAGGAAAAGCAGUCACCUAGGAAUGGAUCUGUGGUUCUCAUGUUUGGGGUGGGGUCUUCCCUUACCCUUCCUUUCUGACCUAACCAAACCUCAUUUCUUCUCCAUUCAACACCUUCAGCACGCUCUCCUUCAGGGAUGCUGGGAAAUUCGUUAGCUUCGUCUUUGUUGACAUUUGAUUCUGCUACUUCUUGUUUUUGUGUUCCUGAUGCUGCAACAUCUGCACCAAAUAUUGUACCAUUCAGCGUAACCUUCUCGAGUAGGCUCCCACAGACAGUGAUAAGGAGAGUUGGUAGCUCCCAUUUUUCUCCUCAUAAAUGGGCAAUAAAUGUAAACGCAGAGGGAAAGACAUGGGAAGCAUGCAGGCAAGCGUUGUCGGCAUUUGGUUUCAGCGAUGAGGAGGAAGACAAGAUACUUGGAAAGGCAUUCGGGCACGUCCACUCCCCGUAUUGGGGUGAAGAACGCAAGAAGGAAGAACCAAGGUUCGAAAUCAUUAAUGAAAUAUUAGAAUAUCUGAGAAGCCUAGGUCUGUCAGACGAUGAUCUGCGCAAAUUGCUGAAGAAAUUUCCUGAAGUUCUUGGAUGUGAUAUCGAACACGAGUUGAGAACAAAUGUACAGAUACUGGAAAAGGAUUGGGGAAUAAAAGGUAAAUCUCUUAAAAAUCUUCUUCUUAGGAAUCCCAAAGUGUUGGGUUACAAUGUGGAUUGUAAGGGAGAUUGUAUGGCGCAAUGUACUCGAUGCUGGGUGAGGUUCUAGCCUUCUUAAAAUUGAAUAUAUAUAUAUAUUUCAUACGAAGGGAGCAUAUAGAUGUGGUGGUGUUAAUUUUUAAGCUCCGUGUGAUUCUUCAAUAAUUGAAUGUAGUCUAAGCUACCUUUUACCUCUUGAUAUCUAUUAACCUAAUCUUAUGUUUGGGUACAAGUGACCAAUAAAGUAUGGAAUUCUAUUUACUAAA